UAAUAACCUCAAAAAUUAUAAAGUUUAACUUUUAAUUCAAACUUAAAAAAAAACCACCAAAUCAUUAAAUAAAUCCCCAAUCUAAAUUUGAUGUCCAAUAUUUAUUAAUUAUCUAUAAAUACUUAUUGUAAAUUCCCAAGAAUUUUACUUUUCAACGUCACGUUGUGAGAACAUAACCUAUACAAAGUUUUAAAAAUAACAAACCUUUAAUAUACGAUAAAGGUGACCCAAAUCCUCCAGAAAUACCCUAAAUAAAAAUGACUGCUGGAGUAAUUUUAGCAGGAUUAGGCCUUGCAGCCGUAGGUUUUGCUGGUAGAUAUGCAUUAAGACAACUACCCAAUGUUACAAAAACCGUUAAUGAAGCUAUGAAAAAUUUACCGAAAUUCGAUAUGGAAAAUAUGGCAAAUUCAAAAUAUUAUAAAGGCGGUUUUGAUCCAAAAAUGAAUCGACGAGAAGCUGCUCUAAUUUUGGGUAUAAGCCCAUCUGCUAGUAAACAAAAAGUUAAAGAUGCUUUUAAAAAAGUUAUGGCUGUUAAUCAUCCAGAUCGAGGUGGUUCUCCAUACAUAGCAUCGAAAAUUAAUGAAGCAAAAGAUUUUCUUGAGAAGCACUCUCAUUAAGAAAAUAUUAAAACAAAUUAGAAUUUUUUUUAAAGGUUUAUUAUUAAUAAUAAUAAAUGUGAUAUAAUAUAUAA